AUGACAGAUGAUAAUGCUCGCCAAGAAGAAAUCAGACGGUUCCAAGCGAAACGCCGACGAAUUGAACAAUCUGAUUCGGAAAAUGAGUUUGAUAUGGGCGAAGAAUCAGAUCCGGGAAGUAGAGACUCAGAUAACAAUGCGUAUGUGCCAUUGAAAGAACGACGAAAACAGCAAUUACAGCGAGUCUUAGGUGGCGCCAAUGCUAAUCAUGGGAAUGCUGAUGGCAGAGCUGGUCGUUUGCCAUCUGAUGAUACACAAGCACAAUCGACGCAGGAAGAGAUUACGGUUGGACCUCAAGCCAAUUUCACCCUACUUGAUCAAAUGAGUGAAAUCAAAAAGAAUCAAGCCGCCACGGACCAGAAUAGUGCAGAUAAAAUGCUCGAAGAAGAAGAACGAAUUCUUCAAAAUGUGAUCGAAACAAGAGCUCUGAUGAGUGUGUCUGAAUUGGCCAAAGGUGUUGAAUAUACUGAUCCAAUUCGCACAAGUUGGCGACCACCAAAAGCUGUUCUUCGAAUGCCAGAUGAUCGCCAUCAACGCAUCCGUCAAAUAUAUAAUAUACUUGUCGACGGUGAAGAUAUUCCUCCACCAUUAUGUAAAUUUGAAGAUAUGAAAUUACCGGUCGGCGUUUUGAAUGCACUGAGAGAGAAAAAGAUUAUGCGUCCAACACCAAUACAAAUGCAAGGCAUCCCAUCUGUUUUAUCUGGUCGAGAUUUAAUUGGUAUUGCCUAUACUGGAAGUGGAAAAACACUAGUUUUUGCUAUACCCAUCGUCAUGUUUUGUCUCGAACAAGAAAAAGCCAUGCCAUUCACCCGUAAUGAAGGACCCUAUGGACUUAUAAUUUGUCCGUCGCGUGAAUUGGCCAAACAAACUGAAGCAGUCAUAUCAAAUAUCUGUAAACAUGUGCAUCAGUGUGGAUUACCGUUAUUAAGAACAGCAGCUUGUAUAGGUGGUACACCAAUGACUGAUCAGUUAGCUACAAUAAAAAGUGGUGUACAUAUUGUUGUUGCAACACCUGGACGUUUGAUAAGCAUGUUGGACAAGAAAAUUCUCUUUUUGGAUGUUUGUCGAUAUUUAUGUAUGGAUGAAGCUGAUCGAAUGAUCGAUCUUGGUUUUGAAGAAGAAGUUCGAAAUAUAAUGUCCCAUUUUAAAGCACAACGACAAACGUUAUUGUUUUCAGCAACCAUGCCGAAAAAGAUUCAGAAUUUUGCUAAAAGUGCAUUAGUGAAACCGAUCACGAUCAAUGUCGGUCGUGCAGGCGCAGCAAGCUUGGAAGUUAAACAAGAGCUCGAGUAUGUAGCACCCGAAGCAAGAGUUAUAGCUUUGCUAGCAGCAUUACAAAAAACUGCACCACCAGUUUUGAUUUUUGCUCAACGAAAGCAAGAUGUCGAUGCUAUUCAUGAAUAUUUGUUAUUGAAAGGUGUCGAAGCCGUUGCAAUUCAUGGUGGAAAAGAUCAAGUUGAACGUUCAUAUGCAGUGGACAAGUUUAACAAAGGUGAAAAAGACGUUCUCUGUGCAACUGAUGUUGCGUCGAAAGGUUUAGACUUUCCGGACGUUCAACAUGUAAUCAAUUACGAUUUACCUGAAGACACUGAAAACUAUGUACAUCGAAUUGGGCGAACAGGUCGUUGUGGACGUGUCGCUAAACAGCCUGUUCCAUCAUUUCUACUCCAACUUGAAUCUGAUAAAGAACGGCUACUUGAUAUUGGCGAUGUACCCGGUUGUUCCUACUGUAACGGUCUUGGCCAUCGUAUUACAAACUGUCCAAAGUUAGAAUCUCAGAAUACGAAGACCGCACAGAAUAUAAACAAGAACGAUUUUCUUGCCAAAGGAAAUUCGGACUGGUGA